GAAAUGUUGGAGCAUAAAAAUGUUAUACGCAAAUGUGGAUGCUAAUAACUGACCUAGAGCUUUCAUGAGCAUACUAACCGUGCUCCAAAUAGCUGAACUACUUAAAUCAUUAUCCGCCAUAGUGGUCUCUAAAAAAAUGUCUUAUCAAAUUCUGGAGAAGCAACCUGGCUACGUGAAGGAGUUGGAGCGAGUGCAGUCUCUUCAGGAGGACUUGUAUGGAGCCCUGCGGGUGUGCAAAGACUGUCGCAGUCAUCUAGAGGUGGUCAAGCACUGUAACACGGAGUCUGUGUUGGAACUGUUUGGCUUCUAUCGAAGAAAAUGCAACAAUUCUACUGUCCUUAAAUGUCUCGGUCACAUCACAACGCUUCAGCGGACGGACUUGCUAAUUGAACAGAUGCUAUCCGAAGGGGACUUCCCAGGCGCGGUGCAGUUGUGUCUGGAAUGUAGACAGGUGGCAGUGUCCUACAGGCAGUACACUUGCAUCUCACAGCUGUCGUCUAAACUGGGAGAUACGCUGGUCAUGAUCGAGGAGCAGCUGGACAGGGCACUGGCAUCUAUUUGUGUGUCUUUUGACGCACCUGUCUAUCAGAAGAUUCAGAUGGCCUUCAAGAUGAUCGGUAAGACCCAGAGCUGUUUGGACCAGCUGAAGAUGCACUACUCCAGCCUGCUGCACAACAAGUCCUUCAGCCUGGUCCUUGGAUACGCAGUCCUCAAUCCGGACACACCCCUGUCGGAGUCCCAGUUCCAGAGGAUGCAGUACCAGGAACUAUGCACCCACGUCUCGCCCCAGCUGUUCACGGCAUGCCUCACAGAUCUGUGCAAGACAGUGUGGCAGAUACUGCAUAGUUACUUCCAGAUGUGCGACUGGCAUGAUGAGAACAUGAACAUGUUUCAAGAUUCAUCCACCUCCACUGCCGAAUCGGAACAUAUUGAGUCAUUUUUCAAGAAGAAGUUGCACCAUGAUAGAAACAGAAUGUGGCAGGAAGUCCAAACUAAGGUCAAAAUAUAUCUGCAGAGUAUUGAUUUGUGCCAAAAUUCGUCUGAUUUCAGUUUCGAUGAGCUUAUCAAGACGCUGGACAUGGUCGACAAAUUGACUAUAAUCGGGCAUCAGUUCUGUCAGAGUUCUUCAGUUGAUCUGCAAGAGUGUAUCAAACAGCAAAGUUCCGCUUAUUUCAAAAUGUAUCAUCGAAAAUGCAUGAGUGAACUGAAACUGUUCUUAGAAACUGAUGUGUGGGAACUGUGUCCUAUUAAACAAGACUUCAAGCUAUCCGACCUACAUGACUUUCAUUUCCUUGAAAAAACCAAAGAUGCUUUUUCAAACAGCACAGAUUCGUCAAGUUCUGUUUCAACGGCUGCUGCAAGUGACGCACAAAAGAAGGCUAAAGAACGCUUGUUCUUCAAACCUGAUUCUGAGAACCCGUUUUCCAUUAGCAUCAAUGGAAGUGGGAAAAAGCAGGAGAAUAUUUUAGCCGACGUUGACGAAGACGGGAAUACUGACAUUACUGACAUGUUCUCGGAUUCGGACGACGAUGUGGCACCCGAGUUGCGCGCCGACUACAUCGACGAGAUUUCGGGAGAAGUUUUUAUGAGAUCGGCUACGAGUGGUCUCGUGCCCAUGAAUGGAAAAGUCUGUAAUGGUAUACCGACCAGACCCUCUUUCGGCUCGUCUAGCCGAAAAUCAUAUAAUCGCCAGUUGUCGACCAGUAAAGUACCACUCAUUACAAAUACAACGUUGAGUGUUUUGCGCUACUUUGGAAAGUAUAUGCAAAUGAUGUCUUUGCUUAAACAAGUGGCGUUCGAUGUUUUAAUUUGCAUGUCUCAGCUUUUCGACUAUUAUCUAUUCACGGUUCAUGAAAUGUUUGUCUUUAAAAACACCAACCCCAAAAUGUAUUCGCACAAAUUGAAAACACUUCUAGAACGUAUUAGAGCUAACCUUAUUCUACAACACCCAUCGGCACAACAAUCCUCUGGCAACUCCCUCCACCCAUCCAGCAAUCCUACUCCGGUGGCCUCGCCAGCUGCCAACUUGCCAGCACAUUUGACCCACCACUCAGGAUCUCAACAGAGCCAGCACAGUACGCCUGAUAAAGACAAGUUUCCUCCUGUGGAACCAACGGAGGAGCUAUUGAAUGACUCGUCAGCAAAUUUGUACAGUCUGUCAAAAAGAAUGAUUGCCUGUGAAUCUGUCGUGUUCUUGUCGCAGCAAUUCGAGAAUCUGAGGAGCACUCUGCAAGCCAACAUCCCCUCAAACAAGGUCACCUUCCUCAACCAGUUCUUCGUGCAGACUAUGGCCACGUGUGUGGAUUUGCGAGUGCCCAUCUACCAAGGAGUGGCAUCCAGGGCGAUCAACUACCACGCCCUGCUGGCCCAGAUGGCACAGGUGAAGUGGGAUCUGAAGGAGAUCACCAGUCAGCAGAGUCCAUACGUCGAGUUCAUCCUCAGCGAGUUCAGAAGUCUCAAACAGACGCUGUCGUCUCUCUCUCGUGAGGUGCCCUUUAACAAGGUGGCUUUGCAGAUGCUCCUGGAGCACUGUCUCAAACUGACCUCUUGGGCCUUCAUCGAGGGAUACUCCAAUGUGAAGAGAUGCACCAAUGAGGGGCGCGCACUCAUGCAACUAGACUUCCAGAUUUACUUGGUCGAAAUAGCAAAGAUCACCGAGAUCCAGCCUGUUCCAGACCAGCAUUUCGUGGAGACGUUCAUCAAGGCGUUCUACCUGCCAGAGAUCGAAUUUGAGAAGUGGGUGUCGGAGCACCAGGAGUUCUCACCCAAACAGCUUUUAUCCAUCAUCAACAGCGCCGGAUCCCUCCAGGUAAACAAGAAGUUGAGACAGAAGCUGCAGAAUGUGAUUGAGGAGCAGCAGAAGUUGAGUGGUUCCAACAAUCAUUCCAACUCCACCAAUGCAACAGCAAACAACCACGCCCAGUUCAACUCCCAUUCUUCUAUUCUCCUCAGCCAGAUAUCCUCGCAUUCCAGAUAAAAACACACCGUUACUCAAAACAAGAUACAUAACGCAAGUGAAGUACUAUUACAAAAAAAAGAAAACAGAGGAUUUUGAUGUCCGAGCUGUUCUGAACUUGGUACAAGUAUGAUAUCUGAACUUGGUAAAGGAAUGAUGAAAAAUAUCUAUGUUGCUACAAUACGUGUUGUUCUCUCACGAAAAAUUGAAUUGCCUCAGAAACUUUCACAGUUCACAGUUCCUUCUAGCCGCAACUGUCUUUCUUGUACCCUGAAUCUUGCGUUUAUCACAGUUCCUUCUAGCCGCAACUGUCUUUCUUGUACCCUGAAUCUUGCUUCAUCUUAAGAUAUUUUCCAACUCAUUCUCUAAAAAAUGCGAUAUUUUUUUACUUGUCUGUGGCAACGUGGGAAUUAUGAUCGUUAAUUCAAAAAAGCCCAUGUUUGAACGGUUCGUUUUGAGGCUAAACAUGAAUUAUCCUAUAUUUUCACAUAAUCUGUGUUUGGCGGCCAUAUUGUCUCACCAUAGUUCGAGUUGCAUUUUUCUAACUCUUGGUUGAUAGCUGGGGUGUUUUCUGUGAUAUGGCUCAAA